GGUAUAUUCGUAAAUAUAAAAACUAAAGAGAUUUUUAUAACCCUGGCAGAAAAAAAAAAAAAAAAGUUUCUUGCUAACAUCUUUUUGGUUUCUCAUCUACUGCUUCUCUCAUGGCUUCUUGCUUGGCUCCGGUUUCCAUCUCAGGUGGUUCUCAUCUCAAGGCACGUGAGGUUUGGUUCACUAAGUCCAGCACCUUUGGGAAAAAACCAAGUUUGGUAGUUCGAAGGAAACCAUUGUCAUCGAAAAACCAGUUUUCAGUUUCUGCUGAAUACCGCAAUGGCAGCAGGGGUGGAGGAAGUGAUUUUGUUACUGGUUUUCUUUUAGGAGGUGCUAUAUUCGGAACUUUGGGAUACGUUUUUGCACCUCAGAUUAGAAGAUCCCUUCUAAAUGAAGAUGAAUACGGAUUCCGUAAGGCAAAGCGACCAUUAUACUACGAAGGAGGUUUAGAGAAAACCAGGGAGACCCUGAAUGAAAAAAUCAGCCAACUCAAUGCGGCCAUCGAUAAUGUAUCCUCACGAUUGCGAGGCAGCAACAACACACCCACUGUGCCGGCUGAGACUGACCCUGAAGUAGAAGCUACCAUGUGAGACUUGCGUUUUGUUACUGCUGAGUCAUGAUGGUUGAGUUUCAGUGGAUUGGAGGAUGUUUAGGUUCUCUAUAGCAUAGUUGAUUGAAAAUUAUAUAUGGGGUUAUGCAUUUCUGACAUUAUACUUGAAUUUUGUUGCUUUUUGAAACCAUGUGUAUUCCCCCCCUUUGAGAAUGCAAAUUAGAGCUGUGAAAGUCUUUUGUGUUAA